GGGAGGAUGGACGAGCAUCACCAUCCUCCGUCAGUUCAGCUGGAGGCUCUUUGGAGCAACAGAUAGCGGAGCGGCAGACAGAAGAAGAAGAAGAGAAGAGGAGGGAAAGUGGCUCUUCAUCCCUCCACCUCUACAACACACGACUCUCCUCUCUCCUCCUCCUCCCACCUGACACGGGGAUCCCCCCCAACUUUGAGGCUCUUCCUCCUCCUCCUCCUCCUCCUCCUCCCCCUCUUCCUCCUCCACCUCCUCCCCGCAUUUCUGCACGCUGCGCUGCGCUCCGCUCCUGAGCUUGGCGCACCGCAGGCAGGAGACACCGGGACGGACUGCGGACAUGCGGGGUUCGCUCCCUGCGUCCCCCGCCUGCCUCCACCCGCACCAUCGAGGACACGCAGGUUUUUUGAUGACAACUUCGCGCGUGCGUGCGUGUGUCCGCGCGGCGCACAGAUGGAGCCGUGCGCUCCGCGUGUGAGAGAGAGCUGCCGCGCGCCUCCGGACACCUGCUGCUGCUGCGGCGCCGCGUGAACAUGAAGGAGAAAUCCCCGCAGGAAGUCCGAACCUCCGCAAACAUGUGACAUUUUCUCUCUGUCUCCUCCAGGGAAUCACAGAGGGGUCAAGCGCCAAAAAGAGACGGUGUUGGAAGUGUGUGACCCCACCAACCCUCCUCCUCCUCCUCCUCCUCCUCUUCCUCCUCCUCCUCUUCCUCCUCCUCCACCUCUUCCUCUCUUUCUUCGGAGUGAAUUCAGGAUGGGUCCUGUUUGGCUUCUUCUUCUGCUCCCAUCCGUCCUCAGAGCACAGGUGACUCCGGAGCUCCCAUCAGGAGUCACGGUGGAGUCCGACAACAGCACUGAGUCUGUGGCCAACAGCACCGCAGCCUCAGAGGUCUCCAGCAGCCUCAGACCUCCAGACUCCUCUGGGUCUGCAGUGAUGCCUACAGAAGCUCCCACAGAGGAGGAAGAUGACUGGACACCAGCAGAGACCUUCAUGUACACCGGAGAGUCGUCCAGUCUGGAGGAGGCCCGGUGCUCACGGGCGUACAGUCCUCCGGGACAGACGGGUUCCCUGCCCCUCAGCUUCACCGCCCCCCUCCGGCCGGCUCUGGACGCGCUCGCCAACACGGCCAACUUCCUCAACAUGAUCUUCCAGGCGAGCGACCUGCGGGAGAGCACCGUGCAGGAGGACAUGGAGUGGUACCACGCUCUGGUCCGCGCCCUCCUGGAGGCCGAUGUGCUCAUCCAGCGGGCCCUGCUCACCUUCGACGCCGACCCGACCGCCCCGGUGCCGCAGCUGGUGCUCCGCGCCUCCCGCAACCCGGCGGCGAAGGUUCAGACCAUCAUCCUCCAGGACUUAUCCAAGGCCUGGGAGAGCCUGCACCCGCCGGCCCCGGCGCCGGACGACAGCUGGUUCAGAAACUUUAAAUUCCCACAGUCCACCCAGCUGAAGACGGCUCUGUCCAAGAGGGUGCUGUUCAACGACCUCAGCACCUUGGAGACGCCCAAGUGGAGGCAGGGCGACAGCUACGUGACCAACCGCAGCGGGGUGCGCUGGGCCGGCGCCCCCUUCCUGGACUGUGAGGACCGGCGCUUCGUGCCCGGCUGGAUGCUGACCCUGUCCACGUCCUUCUACGGCCUCAAGCCCGACCUGACGCCAGAGUUCAGAGGUGUGAUCCGUGUGGAUGUCAACAUUCAAGACAUCGACUUGGACCAGUGUGCGACAGGAGACGGCUGGUUUGCUGACACACACCUGUGCAACCGCACCACCAUGGAGUGCGUACCGAUUCCAGGCCGAGGCUUCAGACUGGGUCAGUACUGCUGCCGCUGUAGAGACGGUUACUACAACCCUCUGAUCGGCCCUCCAGACGCAGGAGUGGGUGCAGAUGGCGGCCCUGUGAACGGGAGUGAUGGGGACGGCGGUACGUGUUACCCGAACAUGCCCAUCUGUCUGCCGUGCUGGCCGGGCUGCCCGAGCUGUCAGGACGGCACCCCCUGCCGGGUGCAGGAGGCCUGGCUGCUCAGGGCCGCCGUACUGGCCGUCCAGGGUGUCUUCAUGUUCCUCAUCUUCGUCAGCAUGCUGGUGGCCUACAGGCACCGUCGGAACCGGAGGAUCCGGGCGUCCGGCCUCCUGCUGCUGGAGACGAUCCUGUUCGGCUCUCUGCUCCUCUACUUCCCGGUCUUCAUCAUGUACUUCAAGCCGAGUACGUUCAGGUGUAUUCUGCUCCGCUGGGUCCGAAUGCUCGGUUUCUCCAUCGUCUACGGCACCGUCACGCUGAAGAUGUACAGGGUGCUGAAGGUUUUCCUCUCGCGCACGGCUCAGAGAGUUCCCUACAUGUCCAGCCUCCACCUGCUGAGGAUUCUGGGAGUGAUGCUGAUGACGGUCAGCUGGUUCCUGUGCGCCUGGACGGUGGGCGUCCUCCAGAACCGCGACAGGAACAUCCCCGUGUUCGUCACGACCAACACGUCGGACGGCCAGGGGUUCAACCUGUGUUACCUGGACCGCUGGGACUACAUGAUGGCUGUGGCUGAGCUUCUGUUCCUGUGCUGGGGAAGCUCCCUGUGGACCGCCGUCAGGCCCGUCCCCUCAGCCUUCCACGAGCCUCGCUACAUGGGCAUCGCCAUCCACAACGAGCUGCUUCUCUCCACCAUGUUUCACCUGUUCCGGUUCACCUUCCCCUCUCUACAUCCUGAUUGGAUGCUGCUGCUCUCCUUCACACACACCCAUGUGACCAUCACUGUGACACUCGCCCUGCUCUUCAUUCCCAAGUUUCUUUACGUGUCAAAGCCUGGUAGAGAGGAGAUAGCAGCGGAGGUGUACGAGGAUGAAGUGGACCUCCGGCGCUGCGGCUCGUACCUCAACAACAGUUUUCACUCUGUUUGGAGUGAGCCAAGUGUGGACCCAGAUGACUUCAGGGAUGAACUGAAGAAGUUAUAUGCCCAGUUAGAAGUCCACAAGACCAAGAAGAUGACCGCUAACAACCCCCAUCUGUCAAAGAAGCGGAGCUCACGAUGUGCACUGGGAAGAUCCAUUAUUAGACGCAUUGCUGAGAUCCCGGAAACCAUGAGCCGGCAGUGCAGCCGCGAGGAGAAAGAUGGAUCCUUCCGCAGUAGAAGUGUGAAUCAGUCAGAGUCCUUCAGGAGCAACGCAGAUACAAUAUCGGUCAGUAUCAGUUACAGAAGUUCAAUGAAAACACCGUCACCGUGCAUGCGCAAGUCCCAAAGUGAUCAUCACUACGUCAGGGAAAGAGAGUCUUCUUUGCGUGACUCCACAUUACAGGCCAAUUCUGUGAAGAGAUCUUCCCGGCGAUCGGAGACUGAUUCCUUAGAUAUCCCACCAGGGGUCUGUAAGUCAGCCAGUGCCCAGAAUCUCACAAUCGAUACCAAUCUCCUGCAUCCUGAUCACACUAGGCUCCACAAGUCCUGGAGUCUAACCUCAACUACCAACCAUUCUGUGGAGAACACACCUAAGGUCAACAGAUCCAGCACAGUGUUGACAAGGUCCAAACAGAGCUUAUCCAUUGGUGACCAAACCAGGAGUGCUCUCCAGUCAGAGUCUUUUGACAAGACUGAGAUCUGUCCUUGGGAUGUGGAGCCAGAACAUUCAGGGGACAAGAACCAGAAGCAUGUCACCUACGCAAACUCUGAUGAUGAUGAGGAAAAGGGGCCGCCAUCUCCUCAGGCGCUUAUCUGUCCCUGGGACCAUGUUCCACCUGUGGAGAGUACACCUUCCAGGGACAAGGGAUCACAAGGUGAAACUGAAUCCACAAACCCACAGUCCCCUGUGUCUGCAAGUGCACCGGGCUCUCCAAGACGGAAGGUCAAAGAUCAACGUGUCCUUUCCUUACGCACCUCGACCACUAAGUGGCUCUCUGUGAAGUCGUUUAUGGGAUCUGUGGAUUCAACAAGCAAGUCCAGUAGGGAGGGAAGUUUACAUAAAGAGGAUUCUGUUUCACAAAAAAGUCAGGAAAGUGCUUCCACAACUCCAAGAUCGGGAUCCUCUAGUAGACGUCCAAGCUUCGAAAAGAGGGCAUUGCAUAAAAGAAUGGCAACAACAGACGGAAAACCAUGCCUUGUGAAGCAGAAUGCUGUCAGACUGUCCUCUGGGGAUUCUUCAGACAGAAGCCCGAGAAGGCUUGUGAUGGUGAAAUCUGCCGUCUACCCUUGGGAUACAGAUGACAUGCAAAAAGAUGGCACUUAUGAAAAUGUGUUUUUAUCAAGGCAGAACAGCAAACGUGGCAGUAUAAGUUCUUGGGAAACCGCCAGCAGCUGUAGAACUCCCUCAACUCACAGAAGAGGUAGUAAUCGGAUUACACCAGUCCGUAAUGUUUCCCAUGUGGAUGUGUGUCCUUGGGAAAUGGGAACUGGUACUUCCCAGGAAGGAGAGGGACUAAAAAAGCAGCAGAGCAUUAAAACAAACGUCUGCCCUUGGGAAUCGCAGGUAUCUGAACCAUCUAAUGUGUGUCCAUGGGAAUCUCAAGAGCCAGACAUUGUGAGAAGACAAGGAAGUGAGCAUAGUAAUCGCAGAGGAUCGCAGAAUAUCCCCAUUAUUUAUCAUACUAACGUGUCUACAGAGUCACUGACACAACACUCUUUAAAACAUGCAGCGAAUAUAUGUCCCUGGGAUUCUGUAGAACCAUGCCAACCUUCACAAAAGCAGGAUAAUGAAUAUACUAAUGUCUGUCCUUGGGAUGUUCAGGACAAGCCUGAAGUUGUAUAUGAAAACCUAAAUCGUUCAGGGCGCAGGGGAACGCUGACAGUGCCCAUUCCACAGGAAGUCAUGAAAGCUGCUGUCUACCCCGGUACAUCAAAAGAAGGUUUAACUAAUGAGCAAACUGCAAAAUCAGCUGCCCUGAAUUUGGGUAGACAAGUGACCGAGACGACAGAAUGUUGCCCGUGGGAAUUCCCUGAUCCCCCCAAAAACCUUGGAAACAUUUGUCCGUGGGAAGAGGGGAACAUGGAGCCAACAAAUUCAGACUCAGUUUCCCAAAUGACCGUCAAGGCAGAUAUAUGUCCCUUGGUGACUGGACAGCAAGACAAACCAGAAAACUCACAAAAAGAUGUCUUGUCUUUGAAUGCUGCUUCCAUACAGACUGAAGGGAAGGACGGUACAAGAGUAAACGUAUGUCCCUGGGAAACUGAACCCCCUGAAGAAACUGCUGCUGCCAAGACUGUGUCACAGAGAAUGGAAAGACUGGCAGAUGUUUGUCCAUGGGAUAGUAGUGAACCAGAAACAGGAAAGCCAGAGACCCCCAAAGCAUCAAAUAGUAACGUAAGGCAAGACACAACUUGUGCAAAUGUUUGUCCAUGGGAUACAGAGGAAGCAGGGGCAGUCAAACCUCAACAAAGACAAGAAAGUUCCCAACAAGAUGUGUGUCCAUGGGAAACUGAAGAGCCAAAAGUUCUGAAAAAGCAAGAUACUGCCCGGGACAAUGUUUGUCCAUGGGAGACAGAAGAACCUAAAGUUCUUACAAAGCAAGACAGCGCUAGGGAAAAUGUAUGUCCAUGGGAGACGGAAGAACCUAAAGUUCUUACAAAGCAAGACAGCGCUAGGGAAAAUGUAUGUCCAUGGGAAACAGAAGAACCUAAAGUUCUUACAAAGCAAGACAGCGCUAGGGAAAAUGUAUGUCCAUGGGAGACGGAAGAACCUAAAGUUCUUACAAAGCAAGAGAGUGCCCGGGAAAGUGUUUGUCCAUGGGAAACGGAAGAACCAAAAGUUCUUACAAAGCAAAGCAGUGCCCAGGCCGAUGUUUGUCCAUGGGACACAGAAGAGCAAGGAGUUGUCAAAAAACAAGAGAGCACUGGAGGAGAUGUUUGUCCCUGGGAUUCUAAGGAUCCACAAACCUCAAAUGAAUGCAAAGUUGAUGUUCCCAACAGUGACAAAGAUGAAGUCGUAGAGAAUGAGGGUCCACUCGAUGUAGAACAGACACAUUUCAGCACAGAGCAAAUAGGUGAGUCCAAAGAAAACUUGGCCCUGGGCCGCCGUGAUGCUUUGUGUCCUUGGGAGAUGACAAGGAGCCACUCCGGUUCAUUCACUGACAAUGCCUCGGAUGUUUUUACAUGGGAGCCUGAGAAUAUCCCUGAGGAGGACGAAGAGGACGAUGCAGAAUGUGCUGCGGAGGCUCUCGUAUUCCCGCCUGACUUGUGACCUAAAUCCAGCCAGCAUUUGCUUUCACCUCGACCCUUCCUGCUAAAAUCAAGGGGGAAUGUGAGCGCUAUGAAACCAUUCUUGUGGUAUCCUGCUGAAGGUCAGGGGGAACUUUGUUUUUUAACUUCCCCAGCUCCACAAUGGAGGUCAGAGAGCAGGGUCAGCUCACAACCAGCUCCUGUGCAGCUGGCGGAGCUGAGAGCCCUUUCUCUGGGACAAUUACUUUGGCUAAUCAAAGACAGAACUUAGGGCGAUGUUACGUUACCUGACUGAGAAGCCUGUCGUAGAGACUUGAUUGAUUACAUCUAUAAUUAAUCAAGCAAUGAACUACAAACAGACUUGUCUUGGCUGAUGGAAGGGCAUCUAAGGCAUUUAGAUGAGGUCCCUUUUCUUCCUGCUUCUACCCUCCCAUUUUAAAAUUAAAAUCUUUUUUUGUGUCUUUGUAUGUUCCUAGGUAACAAUUCACAGAUUUGCCAUGUAUGUACAGUAUGUUGGACCCAUUGCCGGGGUGAAUAUGUUACAGAACCUGAAGUUAAUCAGUCCACAGUGCUCACAAUCACACAAUUUAGCACAAGAUCCCAGAGAUGGAACCUAAUGGAAGUUUAACCAACAUACGCCAGAUAAAUUCAGUUCUUUAUAUUUUCAUGAAAUUAUAUUUUCAAAGUAAAAGAAAAGUGUGAUGUGUAAAGCACUGCCGCCAGAACUACAACCGAUGUCAAAGUACAAUUCUAUCAAGUAGUGCUUGAUAAAACUAUGCAUACCUGUGACUGACUUCAUGACUGAAGGGCCAGUGAUUAAUACAUCACUCUCACUUUUGAUUCAGUCUUAAUGAUGAGGAAAAUAUUAUUCUACCGCUUAAAGAAACAAUGCCAAAAAAAGUGCAUAAAAUCACCAUAAACUGGAGCGAAAAGCUACAUAAUCCUUUCACAUCUGAGCAUUUAGAGAGGGAUGCAGCGCACUGGACACCAGUACGGUUAAAUGUUUGGUCAUUUUAAAAAACAUCAAAUUGUUAAGGAUGUUUAUUUUGCAGCUGAGCUGACUUGCUUCAAAUUCUUAAUGUUGCAAAUAACGUGAAUUGCCUCCUCUUUGAAUCUGCGCAGACCUGCUUUUAUCAUCCGUCCUUCAGCAAUCUGAUCACAAGUGGACAGUUAAUAUCUGGCGUUAAUAUGCGACUUGAGUGACCUUCCACUAGGACAAACAGAAGUUCUUUACACAAAGAAAGAAAGAACUUGAUGUAGAACAUUUGCCAAUUUGACAAGAAGGAGCAAACAGUUAAGAAUUUGUCAAGGACAGUGUUUCAAACAGUUUAUGACAUUUCUCCAAACUCAGCAUCUUACAAAAUUCUGUAUUUUCCUAAGGGAGUCUGGGGAUGCUCUCCACAAGUGACAGAGAAGUAGCCAGAGUUUGUUAAAUAAUAUAGUAAUAAUAAAAUGUUGUCUUCUUUCAUAAAUUGAGUGUAAAUGGUGACAUCAAUGUAUCAGUGAUUUGGCAGUGAUGCAGCGAUAGUUAAUUGGUUGGAUCAGAUAAACGGUCAAAUAUGAUCAGAUCUAAAAAUGCCUUCAUUUCACAUCAGCUGUCCACAUGUGAGCAGAUCAGUCAGGAUGGAUCAGGUCUCAACAGUCUCUUUGUGAAGGUUUUGGUCAAAUACUAAAGUUUUUUUAAUCAGGGUUCUUUAAGUAGAUAAUGAUAUGAGUCGUUAUAAUCAUUGCUGGAACUCUUUAAUAACCAUAAAUAUUCUUUGAAGGUAACGUGAUUAAAAGAGAUUCUUCGGCGUGAGUCCAUUGAUAUGCAGACGAACAGUAACACUCAACUAUUUUUUUUAAUUAAAUCAAUUUUUGGAUAAAUCAAAGAUGUCUUAUGUCUACUAGAAAUAUGCAUCAAGAGUGGCCCAACAUUUCAUGUCUGACAGAGAGAGCUGCUUUAAGGAGUUCAGAAUAAUUAAGUUUCAGGUACAGACGACUGCAGGUAUUAUGCUGGACAAAGUUUUAUGGUGAAUGAAACUGAAACAGUAUUAACAGUUUUUUUUUUCUGUAUGAAUGUAAUUAAGUCACAUCUCUAUGCCAGCAAUCUGUCUGUGAACUCAAGUGUCGAUUUCUCAGCAUCUCUGCUCGUUCAGUGGUCUCGUUGUUAAACACUGCGCCAAGUUUUUUUUUGUCAAUCGAGUGAUCCAGUUUUGUGAGCGUUGUUGCAUGUUAGUGUGUUCUUUGAAUGAGCGUGCUGUAAUUUGUCGUCACGUAAAAAUAAUCUAAUAUUGUUGUAACACAUCCCUUGACUUAAUUUUGAACGCGGUAUCUUCUAUGAAAGAUUAUUCUGAUAAAGAAAAUGUCCUCUGAAAUCUACUGGCGUGAAGAGAAGCAGAUGGGAAACUUUAUUUUUGUAUUUCCUGAGGUCAACAUGCAGCAUAUUCAUCGGAGAAAUAAAACCAUCUGUACAAUU